GCCUCACAUCACAACACAUCAUCUACAUCAUCCACAGCCUCAUAGUAUUAUUAGUUAACAACCCAGUACAUAUUAACACCACCACACACUAAUAGUAAACCCUAUACCUUUAUAAAGACAAUAUAAAUAAACCCUCUAUCUUAAAUACACAAUAUAUUCCCUUAUACUCCUUUUAUUAUAAUAAACUAGAUUAAAGUACUCUACCCUAAUCACUACCAACAAUCAAAGACACGGCGAUACCAUAGCGGCAUCUAUCAAGCCCUCCGCACAAGCGUGCUCCCACAGUAUCAUGACCGGCGCGAUGCCAUAUUGCUGUAUGGUAGAGGUGCCAGAAGGGCGUGACUUUGCGACCAUUGAUGAAGCAGAAGCAGAGCGCCUCUUGGCUACGUACCCGCAACCACCCUGGAUUCGCCGUGAAUGGCACGAACAAAUCACUGGCUUCCGUCUCAACCCCGUGGUUUGGUACAAGGACUUGGAUGCUGACAAUGAAGAACCGCAGGACCACCAGACAACCGCUACGGACAGCCGUGCGUCGAGCUCGCCAUCAGAGGCCAUCACUCCAAUCCCAAUCAACAUCAUGAGUGGCUAUGAGUCCAACCAAGGCGCAAUGGCCAUGCGCAAACGCCGCGAGGGAAAGGCCACGGCCCCCAGCACCCCCGUGCGCGGAAAUGACGAUAAGAGCGAUUCUGACGCAUACAUUAUGUCGACUCCUUCUCGCCCUGCCGACAAGCGCCGUGGUGGCGUCCACCACUCGGCGGCCAAGACUCCAAGCUCAAUCGGACAGAACGAGCAGCUGACCUCCAAGGUCCUGAGUCGGCUUAAGGAGACCACUGGCUCCCCGGCGGGCACCAUAGCCUCGCCCUCCAAGGGCAGUGGCCGCAGCCGAAACACGUCCGGCCAAUUUGCACAGGAACACAAGGUAUUAGACAACGACCUGAAGGUCAAAGUGAACGAGAUGAAGGUGGGCACAAUGGAGCUGCAAGCCACCGACUACAACGCGUUGCUCUCUGCCAAUGACUGCCUUGAGCACCUGGCCGAGCAUGCCGGCCAGUCACUUUCCCAGUGGAAGAAUACCAUGUUUGCCCCCGCCGUCGAUUUCCCCCUGAUGGCCAAGGACUGCCAGCCGCACGUGCAGGCACUCCAGACCAAGAUGCGCUCGGUUGUAGAGGGACAUGCCCUCUCCACCAACACCACCCCGGUUGUCAUUGACGACUCCAAGAAGGACGAGAGCAAAUCCAAGUAUCACCAGGCUCUCAUGGAGGUUGACCACGCGGCUGUGGUGGAGGACCUGGCCAAAUAUAAGCUCCUCAACAAGCACCUUGCUGGACGCAUCGUCAAGCUCGAGGGAGAGGAGAAUGUGUGUGACUGGCCCGUUGUCGUCCUGUACGGCACCGCCAACUCGCAGGAGAUCAGCAAGGUGGAAGUCCUUGGUAGAAUUCAUGACCAGAAUACGGACGUGGAGUACCCAUUCAGUCACCUUAGCGACAACUCAUCAAUCUGGUUCCUGCCAGCCAAGUUUGUUAUAGUUAUAUAG